UGUAGAGCAAUAAGCCAAUAAAGAUUUAAGGCAGACUUGACUUGUCUGAAGUCAGCUUCAGCUUUGUCGCCUGUCUCUAAUAUAGAGUAUCCGAGAAGCCAGCAGGCAUUAUAAGUUUAAUUUUGUCACCUUCAGUCUAAACAUGCACGCAGACGUUCUGGUAAAUUAUAUGGUUUUGCUCAACACUGUGUUUGUGUCUCAAAGCUUCUUGCAGUCUACAGGGCAGUCUGGUACUUGCGAGUUGUCAUUGGAGUCAUCAGUGAAACGUUGUAAAUCUCAUGAUGGUUUGAUCUGCAGUGGCAGAGGACAGUGCGACUGUGGUGUAUGCAUCUGCCUUGACAGUGAACCAGGAAAAUACUAUGGCUCUCAAUGUGAGUGCCAGGACUGGCUCUGUGAAAGCUACGAUGAGAAGAUUUGUGGAGGUCAUGGGAAGUGCGAUUGUGGGAAAUGCAUCUGUGACCGUGGCUGGUCUGGGAUUGCUUGUCAUUAUCCCAAGACUUGCAACAUUCCCAGGAAGAAAAGCAAAGAAAUGUGUCGCAAUUCAGAGGGUCUGAUCUGUUCUAAUGCAGGUACCUGUCACUGUGGCAGGUGUAUAUGCAACAAUCCUGGGACUGACAAACUGGUUUAUGGAAGGUUUUGUGAGUGCAACGACCAAGAAUGCAUUGACGAUGAAACUGGCGAGAUCUGUGGAGGGCAUGGAAAGUGUUACUGUGGUAACUGCUACUGUACGCCUGGUUGGCAUGGCGAUAAAUGUGAAUUCCAGUGUGACAUUACCCCGUGGGAGAGCAAAAGGAAAUGCAUGUCACCAGACGGCAAGAUUUGCAGUAACCGAGGGAAUUGCAUCUGUGGUGAGUGUACAUGCUAUGACCUGGAUCCCAGUGGUGAAUACGGUGACAUUCAUGGGGCAACAUGUGAAUGUGAUGAGAGAGACUGCCACGCUGUAUAUGACAGAUACUCCGAUAGUUUCUGCUCAGGUGUUGGGCAGUGCAAUUGUGGAAGAUGUGACUGCUAUGAAGGAUGGAGUGGCAGAAUAUGUGAGCAUCCAGAUUCUUGUCGCAUGUCAGUUGAGGAGAGUGAAAGGAAAUGUCGAGGGAAUUCUAAUUUACCCUGUUCAGGAAGAGGAAAAUGCCAGUGUGGUCAGUGUACUUGUUUCCCACCGGGAGAUAGGCGUGUCUAUGGAAAAAAGUGUGAAUGUGAUGAUCGGCAGUGUGAGGACAGUGAAGGAACCAUCUGUGGUGGCAAUGGCAUCUGCUCAUGUGGUCGAUGUAUCUGCGAUGACGACUGGUUUGGGAAAUACUGCCAAUAUCCGAGGACUUGCAACAUGCCAGAAGAGAGAAGCAGGAGUCUAUGUGAAUCAUUCAAUGGAACAAUCUGCUCUGGCAAGGGUUCCUGCCAUUGUGGAAAGUGUAUAUGUGGCUCACCCCAGCAAUGGUAUAUCUCAGGUCAACUCUGUGAAUGCGAUGAUCGAGAAUGUGACAAGCAUGAAGGUGUCAUCUGCACUGGGAACGGUGUCUGCGAUUGUGGAAUCUGUAACUGCUUUGAUGAAUGGACCGGGAAUGCCUGUGAACUCUGGAUGGGUUUGGAAAGCUUCUGAAGAUUGCACACUAAUGGGGAGGACUCUUGAAUAUGGUUUAUCUUCUGCUGCACAACUUAUGAUAUAAUCAGAACCAGCCUUUGAAACAUGUGAGAAUUUACUUGGUAACAUAUCAAUGUUAGAUUUGCUACUGGGCUUGUACCAUCAGAAACUAAUAGCUUCAUUGCCAACACAUCAAUACAAGUGGCAAAUGACCUUUAGUGAUAACUGUACUGGGUUUAUUAGCAUGAGUGCCAGACAGCCAUGGUUCUAUUAUGCCUUUUAAUGAGACGAGCUUCAAUAACUAAUAAUCUACAGAUAUGCCAGCAAACUGUUUUCUUGUAUGCCAAGCAAUUGCUUAGAAAUUGAGGUCAUAGCUAUAAUUUUGGUUGUUGGAGGCAAAUAUGCCACUCAUUAUGAAGAGAAUCUGUUGGCAGUAAAUCUGCAGAUGGCCAAGAACUUUGACUCAUCUGCAAAUGAUUGUUGCAAUAAAUAUGGACUGGUUUUAGAAACUGCCUGUUCUGACAGUCACUCAAUAGUAAUUUAAACAACUCCUCCACUUUGUGUAGCCUUUCUCAAUCAUGCUUUUACAAAGAUGUACUUAAACUUUGGAUAAAAUAAAAGAUAUUUUGAAGCA